ACUCACUUUUCUUAUUGUCCGGGUCAAAUUUGGCGGUUCUUUUCUUUCGUGGGGGUUAAAAAAAUAGCUAUUCUAUUUAUCGUGUCUGCUACAUACAAACCCCUGACGGGAAUCGAACCCGCCACCAGCUGCUGAUUUUACGCUCACGUUUCUGAUCACCUGGAACUUUCGCCUCUUCCUUUAUCGGUGUUGAUGUCAUGAUCGAUAGUCACUGAUCUGCGGCUGGGAUGGAAAUACUGGAGCUGCUGCUCGGAUGAAAACGGACCGAUCCAGCCGCCGUAGCUUCAGAUCACUUGGCAAUAGCUGCAAACAGGUACUGUGUGUAUUCAACUGCUCUAAUGGUAACAGUUAGAAAAUCUCACCUGUGAGAGGAUUGAAGCACCUCACCAUGACAGAGGACCAGAAUCCAUGGCCACAAGGCACAGAGUGUGUGGCAAGGUACAGCUUUAAAGGGACAUCAGAGCAGGACCUACCAUUUAACAAAGGAGACAUCUUGACAAUUAUUGUUGUGACAAAGGAUCCAAACUGGUAUAAAGCUAAAAAUGCUGCUGGCCAGGAGGGAACGAUUCCAGCCAACUAUGUCCAGAAAAGAGAAGGUGUUAAAACUGAUGGAAAACUGAGCCUAAUGCCAUGGUUUCAUGGGAAGAUAACUCGGGAUCAGGCAGAGCGACUCCUCAACCCCCCGGAGACGGGCCUGUUCUUGGUGCGAGAGAGCACCAACUUCCCCGGCGACUACACGCUUUGCGUGAGCUGCGACGGGAAAGUGGAGCACUACCGAAUCAUCUACCACAACGGCAAGCUCACCAUCGACGAGGAGGUCUACUUCGAGAACCUCAUGCAGCUGAUGGAGCACUACACCAAAGAUGCUGAUGGGCUGUGCACCAAACUUAUUAAGCCAAAGCUGGAGGAGGGAACCGUAGCUGCUCAGGAUGAGUUUUCAAGGAGUGGCUGGUCAAUGAACAGGAAAGACUUGAAGCUGCAGCAGGUUAUUGGAAAGGGAGAAUUUGGAGAUGUCAUGGUUGGAGACUACAGAGGAACUAAAGUCGCUGUGAAGUGCAUAAAAAAUGAUGCAACAGCGCAGGCUUUUAUUGCCGAAGCUUCUGUCAUGACGCAAAUGCGGCACAAUAACCUGGUCCAGCUGCUCGGUGUGAUUGUAGAGGAGAAUGGAAGUCUUUAUAUAGUAACAGAAUAUAUGGCUAAGGGCUGUUUGGUUGACUACUUGCGUUCCAGAGGCCGUACUGUUCUUGGUGGAGAAGCACUCCUUAAAUUUGCAAUAGACGUCUGUGAAGCCAUGGCGUAUCUGGAGACCAACAACUUUGUUCAUCGAGAUUUAGCAGCGCGGAAUGUUCUCGUAUCAGACGACAACAUUGCCAAAGUCAGUGACUUUGGUUUGACCAAAGAAGCUUCUUCCACUCAGGACACUGCCAAGCUGCCAGUCAAGUGGACGGCACCAGAAGCUCUCAGGGAAAAGAACUUUUCCACCAAGUCAGAUGUUUGGAGCUAUGGUAUUUUGCUUUGGGAGAUUUACUCGUUUGGCCGAGUCCCUUACCCAAGAAUUCCGUUGAAAGACGUAGUGCCGCGAGUGGAGAAAGGAUACAAAAUGGACUGUCCUGAUGGCUGUCCCGAAGUUGUAUAUAACAUCAUGAAGCAGUGCUGGAACCUGGAUCCUGGAGCUCGACCGAGCUUUCAGAUGUUGAAGGAGUGGCUACAUCAUAUCAGUCACAAAAAGUGAAUUUCCCUCUGAGUUUUUCUAUUUUUCAUCACUUGGACCGAAAAUAAUAAAAAAAAAGAGAACGUUUUAAGGAUAGAAUUUUAUAUUUUCAACCACGGUAACUUUAUGUUAUGAAACAUGCUCUUCUAAAUGAUGUCCAGUCAUGUCAGUCUGCUCAGACUGGGUUGGAUUCAAAGGGUAAGAUUUCUUGAACUUGGUUAUCAAGAAUGACUGAUUAUCUGUGAUAAUAUUGUGUUGGUCAUUGGAUCCCAGCUCUGCUGUUUGACAGAUUUAAUUAUAUGAAUACAUUCAUUAUAAAUAAUAUCUAUUGUAAUAUUGAUGACAUUUUUUUUUAGUUUAGACUAGUUAAGAGAAAAUGCUUUGAAUUUUUCAAAUGGAUUCAUCCAGUUUCUAAAGACAAUAGUUCUUUUCACUUUGCUGAAGAGGAACAUCCUUUUACAAUCAGUCCCUGCAUUGUAUUUCGCUGUUCUCAGGUACACAUUGUUGCAUAAAUCUUGAGCUAUUUUAUUCCAAAAACUAAAUUAAGUGCAAUUAUGCUUAGAUCAUGUAUGCGUUGAAUAACAUCAAACAUGUUUGCUCCACAGUCUGCAGGCCAAAACAUAGGAGCUCACAUAACACCAGCUUUCUGUUAGGUUUUUCUGCAUUCAUUUUUUUUUAAAUGUUGGAUCUGAAAAAGUAUUUAAUGUGAAAUGUUAUUUUUAAUGCCAUUUCGACUUUAAAUGUUUAUAAAUGUACAAUUGAAGCCACUUCCACAUAAAAAAGUCAAU